AUGGAGAACCAACAACCCACCUCAGAUAUUCGACUCCUACCUGGAUUUAGAUUCCACCCAUCUGAUGAGGAGCUCAUCCAACACUACUUGAGAAACAAAGUGACAUCAAGACUAUCAAGUCCACUCCAAGCUUCUAUCAUAGCUGAAAUAGAUCUGUAUAAAUAUAACCCAUGGGAGCUUCCAAAAAAGGCUUUGUUUGGAGAAGAUGAAUGGUACUUCUUUACACCAAGGGAUACGAAGUAUCCCAAUGGAGUGAGGCCUAAUAGAGCAGCAGGUUUAGGUUAUUGGAAAGCUACAGGGACAGAUAAACCCAUACUCACUUCUUGUGGGACGAAGAGUAUUGGGGUCAAGAAAGCCCUUGUGUUCUACAAAGGUCGACCUCCGAAAGGAGUUAAGACAGACUGGAUCAUGCAUGAGUAUAGAUCAUCACUCGAUACCAUAAUUUGGACUGCCAAGGAAAAAGGGUCUAUGAGAUUGGACGAUUGGGUGCUAUGUCGGGUUCGGCAAAAAUGUGGUGUACUAAGGAACAUGAGGGAAGAUCGAAACGGCCCUAGUUAUGAACCACCAGUCUACGUUCAAAAAGUGGAUGAGCCAUCUAUGAAUGUGCACCCUAUCCUCUUUGCGGCUGUAAGAAAUUAUUUAUACAACGAUUGCCCAAUGCUGCCAUAUUUCUUUGCCUCUCAGAAUAUCCCUUGCACUGAUACAGCCGCAAGCAUAAGCUUCCAAAGUAGCAAUGGUGGAAAAUUAUGUCCUAAAGACGAUACAGCUAUAAAUCAGUCACAAUACUUAGCUUCUUUCAACAGCUUGCUUAACCCACUGAAAAGAAAACCGGCAGAAGGAAAUCACAAUGAGAUUUUCGUUUUCCCAAGCAAGAAAGUAAGCAACAGAGAUAUUUAA